AUGUCGAGUGAUGAUAAGAAUAAAGCUAGCGAGCCCAAGAUGGAACCUAAGAAUUGCGAUCCCAGGUGUGAACAAAAGUGUGAGGCCAAAUGCCAGCCCAGCUGUCUGAAGAAGCUACUGCAACGCUGCUCUGACAAGUGCCCACGGGAAAAGUGUCCACCACCACCAAAGUGCCCGCCAUGCCCCACGGUGUGCCCUGCAACAUGUCCUCCUCCGUGUCCCCCACCAUGCCCUCCCAAGCCCUGCUCCAAGCCCUGUCCUCCCAAAUGCCCACCACCCUGCCCACCUCCGUGCCCACCCCCAGAAUGA